CCAGCUGCAUUCCGCAGCAGUUCUCCUCAGCAGCUUUUCCACUGCCAACUGUGGUUUCUCUCUCACCUGGAGUCCCUGCACACAGCCAGGGCUGACCACUUCCCACACAAAGUUCAGGCUGCCUGCAACCUGUGACACCUCUGAGGACCGAUCGCAGACUGCACAUUGGAUCAAGACUGGAGGAAACAUGCUUGUGUCUGCAGCACUCGUCAUCACCAUCGCGUGUUCCUGCUCACUCCAUCCUGUGUUCGGACAGGAGUGCCCCAGCAGGCAGGAGAUACAGGGCUCUCUGAAGCAGGUCCAGAAGCUUCUCUCAGCACACGAGGCCUCGUACCUGCAGAGUCUACGCAACCUGAAGAAGAAAAUAAACUUACUGCAGAGCAGUGCAGGGAGGCAGACGACGAAAGCCAUCAACAGCACCUGCACAAAACUGGACGCACCGAUGAACGGAAGGAAACUUGGAAAGUCGCACAGCGUGAGCCAUGAGGUCCACUUCCUGUGUGACCCUGGCUAUGAGCUGGUGGGCUCAGAGAGCAGGGUUUGUCAGGAGAGCCUGACCUGGGGUGGCCAGCAGCCGACCUGCCGAGACAUCAAUGAGUGUGCGUCCUCUCCGUGCCUGAAUGGCGGGACGUGUGUGGACGAGAUGAACCAGUUCUCUUGUGUCUGUGCCAAAGGCUGGGCCGGAGCUACCUGUCAGAGCCCCUUGCCAACAUUCUUUGUUACCAUGACAAACACAUCUGCUGCCACCUCUGCAGCCACCGGUGGAGCUGCUGCUGCUGCCACCCUGCCAGCUGCCACCACCGGGCCCUUUGUCCGUCCAUCACGUUGCUCUAUAGUGCAGGGGACCACCCACUGUACCUGUGAGGCUGGAUACACCAUCUCUGGCCGGGACAGCAACAUCUGCACUGAUAUAGAUGAAUGUGAGCUGUUCCAUAAUGGCCAGGCGGGGAAACUGUGUUUACAUGCUUGCAUUAACACCCCUGGAGGCUACCGCUGCACCUGUCCUGCUGGAUAUAAUACGACCCGCGACGGACGCAGCUGCAGAGACAUCGAUGAGUGUGCCACCAGACAAAACAACUGCACCAAGGACCAGAUGUGCAUUAAUACAUAUGGUGGUUUCCAGUGUGUCCAUGUGGACUGCCCCAAAAUCCCUAAUGCUGCAUAUGUCAAGACGUCGCCUAUGCGUUGUGAACGUAACCCCUGUCCUCUGGACAACAAGGCGUGUUCUCAGACCCCAAAUUCCUUCUCCUACCAUUACAUGGCUGUCUCAUCCAACCUGUCAGCUCCUCGCGUCAUGUUCAGGGUCUCAGCUUUGCGUCCGAUGGGCGACACGCUUCGCUUCUCCCUGCUGGGGGGGAGGUUAGCUCGGCGCCACUUCACAGUCCAGCGUUCAGACCGUCUGACAGGUCAGCUGAUGCUGGUGAGCCCCAUUCAGGGGCCUGCCACUCUGGAAGCGGAGGUGGAGAUGAGCGAGCUGGAGAGACGUGUCCAGCUCGGGAAGUACAUCACCAAAAUCACCCUGUUUGUUUCCCAAUAUGAGUUCUAGAGACAGAAGGUGGAAACAAUCUUAGAGCACAAAAGACAAACUAAAGUCCGGUUUGGAUUUAGCUAAGGAUCAUUUGGCCAUUGAUGAGUGAUGAUACGGUGACCAUCUUAAAAAUCCCCUGUACUGUUGGUGAAAGAGCUGUAACAGCCAGGUAGUAAAACAUGAAGUGGUGGCAGAACAAGGUGUGUGGCACUGCUGCAUGUAAUAAAUGUUUCAGAAUGUUUGCUUUUCAGAGACACUGGUGUCCAGCUACAGACAGAAAUGCAAAUGACUUCAGUAUAAGAACAUGAGCUUUGUUUGGAAUAAUAAGAAUUUCCUCUAAAUCUAUUGCAAAAAGACAGAAAUGAGUGUAGGAGAUUUGAAGGACGAAUGACACAAUGUAGACAACAAACCAGCACUAAACUGAAGGACACAAACAAACUGAUCCAGGAAAUAUGUGGAAGGUUCACCCUGAAAGAAAGUGCUGCUUUUUAAUGACUUUUAAAAGGGUUUACAUAUGUGCGCUGUAUAUUGGACACGUAAUCAUGAUGUGUUAUAACUUUGUAAUCCUUUCUGCUUCCAUGUUUCAUCCUGGUUUUAUUGCAGUUCAUUUUCCAACGCAACCAUUAAAGCACCAUGUGAACAUAAA